AUGGAAAAGCUGUUGCUGUGUCUGUUGGUCAUGGGAAUGGCAGUGAAGGCCCAAAUCUGUCCCAAGCGCUGUGUCUGUCAGAUCCUCUCUCCCAACCUGGCGACGCUGUGCGCCAAGAAAGGCCUCCUCUUCGUCCCGCCCAACAUCGACCGCCACACCGUGGAGCUGCGUCUGGCCGACAACUUCAUCACCAGCGUCAAACGGAAAGACUUUGGCAACAUGACGCGUCUGGUGGACCUGACGCUGUCGAGGAACACCAUCAGCUUCAUCACCCCCCACGCCUUCGCCGACCUGGAGAACCUGAGGGCCCUGCACCUCAACAGCAACAGGCUCACCCGCAUCACCAACGACACCUUCAGCGGCAUGUCCAAACUGCACCACCUCAUCCUCAACAACAACCAGCUCACCCUCAUCCACAUGGGAGCCUUCAACGACCUUUUGGCCCUGGAGGAGUUGGACCUGUCCUACAACAACCUGGAGAGCGUUCCCUGGGAGGCCAUCCAGAGGAUGACCAGCCUGCACACGCUCAGUCUGGACCACAACAUGAUUGACUUCAUCCCUGAGGGGACCUUCUCCCUGCUUCAGAAGCUCAACAGGCUGGACGUGACCUCCAACAAGCUGCAGAAGCUGCCGCCCGAUCCGCUGUUCCAGAGAGCGCAGGUCCUGGCCACCUCUGGCAUCAUGAGCCCCACAGCUUUCGCCCUGAGCUUCGGGGGGAACCCCCUCCACUGUAACUGUGAGCUGCUGUGGCUGCGAAGGCUGAGCCGCGAGGACGACCUGGAGACGUGCGCCUCGCCCCAGCACCUCUCCGGACGCUACUUCUGGUCCAUCCACGAGGAGGAGUUCACCUGCGAGCCGCCCCUCAUCACGCGUCACUCCCAGGAGAUGCGCGUGCUGGAGGGCCAGAGGGUGGCGCUACGCUGCAAGGCCAGGGGAGACCCGGAGCCCACCAUCCACUGGAUCUCCCCGGACAGGAAGAUGGUGUCCAACUCGUCCAGAACGCUGGUGUACGCCAACGGAACCUUGGACAUCCUCAUCAGCACCGUCAAGGACACCGGCUCCUUCACCUGCAUCUCCUCCAACCCUGCAGGCGAAGCCCACCAGACGGUUCAGCUGCUCAUCAUCAAGCUGCCCCACAUCUCCAACAGCACCAACAACAUCCAGGAGCCCGACCCGGGAUCCUCGGACAUCUCUACCUCCACGCGGGCCGGCGCCAACAGCAGCAACGUGACGGGUGACAGCAAGGCCAGCCAGGACCGGAGGGUGGUGAUCGCAGAGGCCACCUCCUCCACGGCGCUCAUCAAGUUCAACUUCCAGAGGAACAUUCCUGGGAUUCGCAUGUUCCAGAUCCAGUACAACGGCAGCUUGGACGACUCUCUGGUCUACAGGAUGAUACCUCCCACCAGUAAGAACUUCCUGGUCAACAACCUGGCGGCGGGCACCAUGUACGACCUGUGCGUCCUGGCCAUCUACGACGACGGCAUCACCUCGCUGACGGCCACGCGCGUCGUCGGCUGCGUGUCCUUCACCACCGAGUCCGAGUACCUGCGCUGCCACUUCAUGCAAUCCCAGUUCCUGGGCGGGACCAUGAUCAUCAUCAUCGGCGGCAUCAUCGUGGCGUCGGUCCUCGUCUUCAUCAUCAUCCUCAUGAUCCGCUACAAGGUUUGUAACCCUGGCGACUCCGGCAAGGGCGCCAUGGUUACCACCAGCGUCCUCUCCCAGACGAACGGGGCUCAGCCCCAGGGCUGCACGGUCACCCCCUCCGUCUCCAAGCAGGGUCUGGGGGGGUCCGAUGGGGGGGAGGGAGCGGGGUACAAGGGAGCAGGUGGAGGAGGAGGAGCGAAGGGGAACCCGGACACGCUCACGCACUCCUCGGAAACGUCCAUCGCUGACUGUUCCACCGCCACCUCCCUGGUGAGCCCGUCCUGGACCAGUCCUGUCUCUGGCUCCGCCCCGGGCUCAUCCGGGACCCUCAAGCCAAAGCGCAAGCCUGCGCCAAAGCCCGCCCCCUCCGGGGUUGCCACGCCAACUGCUGCCCCCACCUCCUCCUCCACCCUAGGGCAAAAAAAGGAACCCGUCCCCCUGCCCCCCACUGAAAACCAGAACACCAAUCGGAAUAACUCCACCUCUCUGCAGCAGCCCGCCUCCCCGCCCCCCCCCUCCUCCUCCUCGCGCAUCAAGGACACGCCCAUCCUGAGACGCGCUGGCCAUUCCCGGGCCGCCGCCAAGUACCAGACCCUGCCGGCAGAAGGCGUGGGGGCCAAGCGCAGGUACUCCCUGAACGAAGACCUGGCCAAGCACCACUGUUACAUAGGAGCCCAGAAGCUGGGCAAGAUGUGGUCCAAGAGGAGCAUGUCUAUGAGUGGCAUGCUGCUGCAACAGGGGAGCGCCGACACGGACGCUGGCAAGGGCAACUUCUGCAGCUCAGAGUGGAUUCUAGAAAGCACUGUGUGAUGACUGUCCUGUUAUAGUGCGUCGGUGCCCUGGUUGAACACACAUACACGUGUGUGUGCGCGAGUGUGUGGGUCCUGUUUGAGUGUGCAUCACUGUGUGUGUGUGUCUGUGUGUGUGUGUGCCCUGUGUGACAUUUGAACCACGCCGUUUAUUUUUCUCCUCGUACAGUUUCGGAUUCCGUUUGCUUAUCAAUCCACCAAUGGAGGAUGGUCGCCUUGUAGGUGUCUGACACGAGUCCCCGUCCUCCCUGACAGACGAGCGGGGUCUCCCACAGGGCCUCCAGUCUCACACCCAUAUCAGAAACAAAAAGGGAAGAAAGAAACAAACAAACAAAAAAAAAAUAUUUGCAAAAACCCCAAACCCAUGCACCCUAUGACCUGUACACGCACCUAUCGUUACCAUGGCGGCAAGAGAAAAAGCAAUGGUGCCUUCUUUUGCUCAACAACAGUUGUCCUCUUGCCAGGAACACCAAUCGGAUUGCAGCGUGAGCCAGAAGAGGCGGGGUCAGGAGGAAACAGAGAGAUUUUCACACAAAGCCUUUCUACUCCAGGAAACCACCUUUCCUGCCUACAGACUCUGGAACUCUGGAGACAGACAGACAUCAGAGACUUGACACUGGACCUCUUAUUAAAAUUGAUAUUUUUUAAAGAGAAAAAUCCACACGUUUCUUCUCGGUGGAGCGGCGAUGAGAAUG